AUGGAUCUUCAUCUGGAAGAUACCCUAUAUCAAGCAAUAUUAGCAGAAAAUUAUGACACUAUUUCACAGGUCCUUUCUAAAGGUGCUAAUCCAAACAAGACUGUUAAACAAGGUAAAACAUGUCUUGGAGAGGCUGCUAGUAUGGGUAAUGUUGAUAUUUUAAAAAUACUCUUAUCUGUUAAUCAAACAUCAUCAACACAAAAAGUAUCUCCGUUCAAUGUCACUACAAGAAAAAGGCAUAUUAAGUGUCAUAAGAGGAAACUAAAGCACUAUGGGCGACAUGAGGAGACUGUAGUAAAAUGUAAAAAUCACAAUGACCGAACUCUCAAAGAUUACAAGUUUGGACAUUAUGACAUGAUGGAAAUAAUAGAUAAUAAUGGAAAGACAGACAAAAAUCAGGGUUACUUUGUUUUUAUACAUAGUGAGGGGUCUAGUAGUGAUGAAAGUAAAAUUGGUAGUUUGAAGUCUCCUUUGAGCCCCACUUUAUUAACACCAUCACCACAAGCUGAUCUAGAAUGGGAUGAAGAAAUAGGCAAUGUUGCACCAACUACUAGUGAAGAUGAGACAUGGUCAUCAAUGUAUAAAUGGUAUGCAGCAAUACUUGAGUCAACUGGGGCAGCUAUAGCGUCUGCCUCAGUAGUCAGUAAUGGGAUUGACCAACAAGAUGCAUUUAUGAGAACUGCUCUUCAUUAUGCUUCAGAACAAAAUCAUCUUAAUGCGGUCAAAUUACUAAUAGAAGCUGGAUGUAAAGUAGAUAUCGCUGCAGGUGAUGGUUUAACACCGCUCCAUGUAGCUGUUGUAAAAAAUCAUAUAGAAAUAGUGAAGGUUUUGUUAAAGGCAGGAAGCCAGGUGAACUAUAAGACACAUGAAAAAAUGAUACCCCUUCAUUUUGCUGCUGCAAGAGGAUUUUUGGAGGCGGUAAAAAUUCUAGUUGAUGGUGGUGCUUCUCUAGAAGCCAGAGAUACCAAUGAACGGACAGCUUUAUAUCUAGCAGUUGUCAGGGGCCACGUGAAUGUAGUCAAGUAUCUUAUUUCUAUUGGUGCCAAUGUUAAUGGUGAAGAGAUCCACGGAUACACACCGUUAUGUGAAGCUGUGUGGGCAAGGUCUUCAGUGCUAAUAGAAAUAUUACUUAAAGCUGGUGCUCGUAUAACUCAUUCCCAUAGACUGCUGCAUAAUGCUAUUAUACAAAGACAGGGAGAAAUAGUUAAAUUGCUUACGAAUUUCGGCGGGGGUAUAAAUUUACAUAAUGAUAAUGGUGAUACCCCACUGUUAUUGGCGGCGAGGUCGUGUCAACCUGAAAUCGUUACGAUUUUACUUAGCAAAGGUGCAAAUGUUAACUCACGCAACAGUAUAACAGGUGAAAAUGCAUUACACAUUGCUGUUGAAAGUGUGUAUUGUUCUAAAGUUUUCGAAGAAUUGUUGAAAUUAUUACUAAAUAAUAAGAUAGAUAUGAAUGCUGCUGCGCUCACUGGAGAUACGGCUCUCAAUAGAGCUCUAUUGUUACAUAAAGACAAAGCUGCUGUUUUACUUAUACGUUAUGGCAUAAAUGUGAAUAAUUGCGGUGUGCACAAGUGUGGUUGGGACAACUUGUCAAUAGCUACCAGAAGACGUUCCUAUAGUUUAGCAUCAAUGUUGUUGAAGGCAGGCCAUUAUGUUUUAACCCCCGGUCCAAGCUGCUCAACAGUGCAUUGGUUAAACUUUGUAUGCGUACAACCAUUAACACUUCGUGAUAUUUGUAGAAUUAAAGUUAGGUAUAUAGGAAGACAUGCAGUAUUAUAUCGUUUUAUAGAAUCCCUUCCUUUACCAAAGAGCUUGAAAGGUUUCCUUAUGAUGGAGGAUGAAGGUUUAUAA